UCAUGGACCUUUACCUUGUGUGUGUCUCUGUGUGGACUCAUUCUUCAUGGUUCCUUCACAGAGUGGACCAGCAGAGCUCAGAGGUUCCCAGUGCUCAGUCUGUCCAGCAGCACCAAACACACCUGGACUCCAUAUUUAUGGUCUGUACAUGUACAACUACUACUGUUCAUCUGUUGUGUUCAAUAGUGUCCAUGCUGCACUUUUUAGACCAGUGGAUUGUCAGUGUGUCCAACAUAGAUCUGAUGUUUGGCUCCAUGGUUUUAGUUGGAUCAGGUCAUUCAUUUAGUUUCUGUUCCAGCUGCUGGAGGAAAACAUUGUCACGUUUGUGAAGAAGGAGCUGAAGAAGAUCCAGAAGGUUCUGAGUCCAGAUUACCCAGAAUGCUUAGAGAGUCAGAGGGAGGAUGAGGAGGAGAUGGAUGGUGAGGAUGAAGAGCAGAGGAGGAGCAGCAGAGACGCGUUUCUGAAGAUCACAGUGAACUUCCUGAGGAGGAUGAAGCAGGAGGAGCUGGCUGACUGUCUGCAGAGUAUGAGGAUUUAUCUCAACAUUUAACAUCAGAGACACAAUCACACAUUUACUGAUGUGUUAGAGGUUCAGUUGGUUAAAUGUGGAGCAAAAUCUUAUAAUCAGAUACAGCAAAGUUCUUCUUAUCAAUAGUUCUAGUGUUUCAGGCUGUUUCAUUAUGUUUAUUACCACAAAAACUUGAAUCAAAGAACCAGACAUUUGUUGACUCCUCACACUUUGUCUUCUUUGUGUUUUGUUGGACCCAGAUCUGAUGGUUCCAGUACCAGAGCCACAGCCCAUCACAUAUUACCAGCAGAUGCUUCAAUCAAACCUCCAAGACCAGUUUGUGUGUGUGAAACCAGGCUGGUCAGAAGUCGACCAACAUCUGGAUGACAUCUACACAGAGCUGUACAUCACAGCUGGGCCGGAUUCACACAUCAACACACAGCAUGAGGUCCAAAAGCUUGAGACGACACAGCAGAAGCAAAGAUCAGCAGAGGAGCCAGUGAAGCCCAGUGACCUGUUCAAACAUCCCCCUGGUAAAUACAGACGCAUCAGAACAGUGUUGACCAAUGGAAUCGCUGGGAUUGGAAAAACAGUCCUUGUGAACAAGUUUGUGUUGGACUGGACCCAACAAAGGUCCAAUCAAGACGUGCAUCUGAUUUUCCCCUUCACCUUCCGUCGGCUGAAUCCACUGAAGGGACAGACGUUUACUUUGUCAGAGCUCAUUCAUGAAUGUAUCCCAGAAACUGAGUCCAUCAGCCUGGAGGCUCUGAAUUACAUCUUUACACAUCUACAGUCAUCAGGAAACAGCAACUAUGACAAGAGCAGCUUCAAACUUCUGUUUGUGUUUGAUGGACUGGACGAGAGUCGCCUCCAACUGGACUGUAGCACCAGUGAGAAGGAGACGGGUCAACGUGACGUCACAGAGUCCACCUCAGUGGAUGAGCUGCUGACAAACCUCAUCAGAGGAAAUCUACUACGCUCUGCUCGCAUCUGGAUCACCACACGACCUGCAGCAGCCAAUCAGAUUCACGGAGACUUUGUUGAGGUGGUGACGGAGGUCAGAGGUUUCAGUGACCCACAGAAGGAGGAGUACUUCAGGAAGAGAUUCAGAGAUGAGGAGCAGAGCAAGAGAAUCAUAUCCCACAUCAAGACGUCACGAAGCCUCCACAUCAUGUGCCACAUCCCAGUCUUCUGCUGGAUCACUGCUACGGUUCUGGAGGAUCUGCUGGAAACCAGAGAGGGAGGAGAGCUGCCCAAGACCCUGACGGAAAUGUACGCAGAGUUCCUGGGGUUUCAGAUGGAUCGGACUAAAGACAAGUACGGACCAGAACAGAGCAGCACCUACAUCAAGUCAUUAGCUAAACUGGCUUUUGAACAGCUGCUAAAGGGAAACUUGAUCUUCUAUGAGGAAGAUCUGAAAGAGAGCGGCAUCGAUGUCAGUGGAGCCUCAGUGUGUUCAGGAGUGUUCACAGAGAUCUUUAAACAGGAGCGAGGGAGGAAAGCCAAGGACAAGAUGUUCAGCUUUGUUCAUCUGAGCGUUCAGGAGUUUCUGGCUGCUGUUCACAUGAUGCUCUGUUACAACAAAGGAAGGAUGGAGGAACUGCAGAACUUCCUAUACACCUCCAAUGCUGCUUUGGAUGAUGUCAUGAGUAGAACCAUGAAGAAGUCCCUCCAGAGUCCAAGCGGCCACCUGGACCUGUUUGUUCGCUUCCUUCAUGGCCUCUGUGUGGAGUCCAACCAGAGAAUCUUAGGAGGUUUGCUGGGUCACACAGAGAUCAGUCCAAAAACCAUCCAGAGAAUCAUCUACAACCUGAAGGACAUGAACAGUGAUAGAAUCUCUCCAGACAGAGGCAUCAACAUCUUCCACUGUCUGAUGGAGAUGAACGACCACUCAGUCCAUCGGCAGAUCCAACAGUUCAUGAAGUCAGAGAACAGAUCAGAAAGACUCUCCUUGAUCCAGUGCUCAGCUCUGGCCUACAUGCUGCAGAUGUCAGAGGAGGUUCUGGAUGAGCUGGACCUGAACAAGUACAAUACGUCAGAGGAGGGAUGACAGAGACUGAUCCCAGCUGUGAGGAACUGCAGAAAGGCUCAACUUUCUGGCUGUGGACUCACAGAGACUCACUGUGAAGUUGUGGUCUCAGCUCUGAAGUCCAACCCGUCACAUCUGACACAUCUGGACCUGAGUAACAACAACCUGCAGGACUUAGUGCAGGUUCUGUGUGUUGGACUGAAGAGUCCUCACUGUCGACUGGAGACUCUGAGACAGUGAAUGAUGUUUGAUUGGAGGAGGAGCAGAGAAGAUGAAAUGAAUUCUAGCAGCAUCACAGAACCACCACCACCUGCAGCAGGAAGCACAGCUGUUCCAGAGGAGUGGAGAAGGUCAAAGGUCACUGACAGCUUGGAUCCUAUGGAGACACUUUGGUCCACACUAAAGCAUGUGUGGAGUCAGUGUCUCUGUUCUCUGCUGGUGACGAAGCCUGAAGUUCACUGGUGUUUAUCAGAGUUUAGACAGGAACGUUUCAGUCAGGAUCAUGUUGUUGGUUCUGUCUCCAUCAAUACGACAUGGAUCAAACCAAUGAAUCACAAUAAAGAUACAAAGAUGUUGUU